GAGAAAACCUGCCAACAAUAAAAAAUAAAAUACGAAUCAUUUAAAGUCGUGUUCUAGAUUUAUUACAAUAAUUAAUACAACAUACUUUGUAUGAGCAUUAGUGAUUUUAUUAGUUUUUCACGUAGUUGAAGAUUCAGUAAAUCGAUAAGAAGAAAAAUAGUGGAGAAAAAUUUCAUGGUAUCAUUUCAAACAGCUGAUGGACAGUGAUACAAAUAAAUUUGGAAUCUCCAGAUUAAUAUAAAAAGAGAAAUUAAAAAAAAUUAAAAUAUCUCAGUAAUUAAAAAUGACUCCAAAACCUGAAGACGCUCAAAGUUAUACACUUCCUCAAAAUAAUGGAUAUGUUAAUAGUGCAUUUGUUAGUAAUGAAAAAUCUUCAUCAGCAAAUUUAUCAAAUAAUACAAAUGGAGAUGUAAGGCAUACACCACAACCGACACAACCUUCGCGACCGAUCAUCGAUUUUGAUGAUCUUCUGCCACAUAUAGGAGACUUUGGACGAUAUCAAAAAAUCCUCUUUCUCCUUAUGAUUCCAUUUGCAUUUUUCGUUGCAUUCGUUUAUUUCUCACAAAUUUUUAUAACACUUGUGCCUGAAGAACAUUGGUGUGCUGUGCCUGAACUUGAAAAUUUAAAAUACACAUUGGACGAGAGGCGGCAGCUUGCAAUUCCUUAUGAUGAAAACGAUGGAUAUAGCAAAUGUACAAUGUAUGCUGUGAAUUUUACGUAUAUACAUUCUCUUGGAAUAAGGAAGGCAGAUCCAAAUUGGCCAAAACAAUCGUGUGCAUAUGGAUGGGAAUAUAACUUUACUGAAAUACCUUAUAGCACCGUAGCAACUGAGUUUGACUGGGUGUGUGAAAAUGCAUUUUUACCGACAUUAUCGCAAUCUAUAUUCUUUAUGGGUGCUAUUGUCGGAGGCUUAAUUUUCGGAUAUAUCGCAGAUCAUUAUGGACGAAUUCCAGCAUUAGCUGGCUGUAAUAUUAUUGGAUUCGUAGCUGGUGUUGCAACUGCAUUUGUUGGCAAUUUUUGGCAAUUCAGUGUUUGCCGAUUUUUCGUAGGAUUCGCAUUUGACAACUGCUUUACAAUGAUGUAUAUAUUAGUGCUUGAAUAUACGGGAGCAAAAUGGCGAACAUUUGUUGCAAACAUGUCAAUUGCAAUUUUCUUUACAAUCGCUUCAUGUGGUCUUCCUUGGAUGGCUUAUUAUAUUGCUGAUUGGAAAAUGUUUGCUAUAGUGACAUCAGCACCAUUGAUUCUUGCUGUUUUUACGCCUUUUGUUGUUCCAGAAUCUGCUAGAUGGCUUGUGUCUCAAGGUCGUACAGAAGAAGCAACAAAGAUUUUGAAAAAGUUUGAGAAAAUCAAUGGACGUAAAGUUUCGCCGCAAAUCUACAAAGACUUUGAUGAGAGCUGUAAGAGAAUGCAGGAAGAAGAAGCUGAAAAUGCGAAUUACUCAUUACUCGAUCUCUUUAAAACUCCUCGAUUAAGACGAAUAACGAUAUUACUAAUUGUUAUAUGGAUGGUGAUUUCUCUUGUUUUCGACGGACAUGUGAGAAAUGUUGGCUCUCUCGGUCUCGAUUUUUUCAUUACAUUUACAAUUGCUGCUGCUACGGAAUUCCCAGCUGAUACAUUAUUGACAUUAACAUUAGAUCGUUGGGGUAGAAGGUGGCUUGCAUUUGGAACGAUGGUAAUGAGUGGAACAUUUAGUUUACUUGCUGUUUGUGUGCCAGUGGGCGUACCCUCAGCAGCAUUAGCUAUUCUUGGAAGAUUCUCUGUUAAUAUAUCGUAUAAUAUUGGAUUGCAAUAUGCAGCUGAAUUGUUGCCAACUGUUGUGCGAGCUCAAGGUGUCGCCUUCAUUCACAUUAUGGGAUAUGUAGCAAGCAUACUUGCACCUUUUGUAGUUUACUUAUCACACAUUAUGCACGAAUUACCAUUGAUUGUUCUAGGAAUUCUCGGAAUUUUCGGUGGAUUUCUUUCAUUGUACUUGCCAGAAACAUUAAAUCAUGAACUGCCGCAAACUUUGGCUGAUGGUGAAGAAUUCGGUCGUGGUCAGGGAAUGUUUGAUUUUCCAUGUUGCGCAAAACAAGUUGACGAUGAUGUUGACAAAGAAUGCGGAAACUUCCAAAGAAGUCAUUCUAUUGGUCAAGCUUCAUUGCGCGCAUCAACACGUGGAGAAUAUAGUUCAAGCAUGUUACAAAGAUCUGUUCGCUCUCGUGCCUCAUUUAAGUCAAUAAAUACAAAACUUUAACACUUCUUAUUAUGUUUAUAGUAAGACUGUUAAUUUAAAGAAUGUAUAAAAUACUGAAAUAACUGGUUGACUUUCUAGUCACACAAAUUGUAUAAAAGCAAUAGAAAAUCUGUGAAAAUGUUCAACAAAUCAGUAGAAAUAACGAAUUUAGAAUGAUAUGCAAACAAAUGUGGUAUUAGAAAUGAUAUUUAUUUAAAUGUAGGAAACUCUCAUUUGUAAUUAAUAGCAUAAGCUCUCUUGCCUUUCUUUAAUUUAUUCAUGUAAACUUCUUUUUUAUAGCUAGU